UUCGUUAUUUAUGUACCCUUUCUAUGAUUUUCGGUUUGGGUUCAAUCGAUUUUUUGCCUUUCUUUUAUUUUUUCUUUGGGUGCAAUAGUAAUGGCAGACCGUCUUCCGCCGGGUUGGGAGAAACACACAAGUCGAUCUUCGGGAAGAGAUUAUUACCUCAACACUUACACAAAGGAAAGCCAGUGGGACCCACCGACCUCACCCGCUAAACCUGCCAGCAUGGACAAAGUACAGGCAUCACACUUGCUUGUGAAACACAGGGAGUCUAGACGUCCAUCGUCCUGGCGCAAUGAAAACAUCACCAUCACCAAGGAAGAAGCUCUUAAGACUUUACUCAAAUUCCGUAAUCAGAUCGUCUCGGGCGAAAAGACGUUUGAAGAGCUUGCCUCCAAGUACAGCGACUGUAGCUCGGCCCAGAGGGGCGGAGACCUGGGACCAUUCGGGCGCGGGCAGAUGCAGAAGCCCUUCGAAGACGCCACUUACGCUUUGAAGGUUGGAGAGCUGAGUGAGCCCGUCUGGACGGACUCUGGCGUGCACAUAAUCAAACGAACUGCUUAGUUUGAAUUGAUUUUAAAUUAUUGUUUGAAGGACUUUUCAUAGUGCCGCACUCAAUCAAACAAACUGCCUAGUUUGAAUUGCUUUCUAAUUAUGAAAGACUUAUCAUGUUGUCAAAUGUUGUAUAGUAGCUUGACUUGAAAUAAUGUGGAACUUGAUUUAUUAUGAAUACUUUAUUGUUGCUUUUUAAGUAUUAAGAAACUUUCAUAGUAGAAAAUGUUUUAUUUUCUCUUGAUUUUGUUAACUAAGAAAGUUUCAACCUGUCAAAUGUUUUAUUUUGGCUUUAAAAUUAUGAUACAUUUUCAUAUUGUCAAUGUAUUAUUUUGGCUCGAUUAUAUCACUUUUGUAUUUAUAGGAACUUUAGUAUAAAGAACUUUAUAAGGCAUUUGGGCAUGUUCGUUGGAUGGUUAUCGCUGAAACUAUUGUUUGAAGUAAUAAUACAUCUUUUGCCAAUACAUAUUUUACUAUUUCCCCUAUAAUUAUUAUGUUCAGAAUCCAUUUCUGUAAAAUGUUGUUUUGCAUUCUUUUGAAGUUGUUACUUUUAUGUUUGAAUUUAUAAUCAUGUGAUUGACAAUAGUGUUCAAACAUCAAAGUCCAGCACCAACACUGGCUUGUUAACAUGCUGGUGUAUUGAAUAAAUGACAGCAUUAUGCCAUAACUGCCCUAUUUAUACCCAACUUUUUGGAUGGGCAAUUUAUUAUAAAAGGCAGGUCAGAAGUUGGCCAAGCAGGAAUAGCCAGGUGUAAGAAUCUCCAUCACUGAGCUUAAUAUAAUUUAACAUUUAUUUUAUUACAAGGAAUCAUCAUUCGCACAUUUUGUUAUCAAUGUUGUAUAUAAUAUUAGUAGUAUUCUAACGUUUUAGCCAUUUCAUUCCGCAUGCUAAUUAUAACUUUUUCAAACGCCAAAUAAACAAUCCAUCAAAAAUAGAAUCAUGUGUACUUGACAUCUUCAAAAGACAAGUAGUCUUUUUCUUUUCAUUGUUCAUAUCAAAACUUGAAUAAAUCUGGAAAUAUC